AUGGUAGAGAUAUACCCAGAGUCUUUAGGAGACAGAACAGAAGAGGGAGAGCGAAUGGGCAGUGGAUAUUUCUGUUUAGGCAAACAGCUAAGAGAAAGGAUGCAGUUUUUAAACCGAGACAAUACCCUUGCCCGGCUUCGAAAGCCUAAGCGAUUGGCUCCUCCCAUAGAAGAUGACAAUCCAGGACCGUCAAUGAAGUGUGCCAAAACAGAUAGCUAUGGGUGUGUCAAUUGGCAGCCUUUGCAGCUACCGGAAGGUGAAAACAGAGAGUCCCUUUUAGAGAAGAAAAGAGAGCUGAUGACUAUCUAUUCCCUGGAGGGACAAAGAGCUGCAGACCAGAGACGUGUGGAUGACCUCAUGACGGUAACAUAUGAGCCACAGCGUCGAGACUUGAAUGCAACUCCCUCACCAAGUAUGUCACAGCUUCAGAGGGAUUGGCCAUUCCUUUUCAUGCAAAAGUUUCUACUCAAGCACUUUUGCUUACUGACCGGAUUUGACCUAGAAUCAAGACUACAAGAAUCACUUGCCAAAAAGGGAGAAAGAGUGUUGAAAUACUUCAAAAGUCAACUUUUGAGAUGGAAGAAAGAUGUGAAGAUGGUCCUCUCCUGCCUUGAGAGACAGGAAGAAGAGGUGGAUCCUGGGCUUGCUGCAACACUCAUCAUGGUUGCCCACUUCCAAGAAAAAGAGGAUGCCAUCUUCCUCUUGGCUGACGAAACUUCUACCCAGGCAGACGUUGAGGCCCAGCUUUCCCUGCCCAACACUCCCAGGCUCAUCAUGCUUGGACACUCCAUUCUGGGAGCCAGGAAGUGGAUGCUUUCCAUUGAGGGUGGUGUUGUCCUUAAACUCAGCGAGACGUCCAAUUUCACGACAGCCCUGGCUGUCCUCUUUGCUUCGUACUAUGUCUUCAAUAUAGAAUAUCCAGCUGAGGCAGCCACGUCUUUGGAGUUUAUCCAGAGAUUCUUUGUCAGGAUAAUGCCGAAUACAGCAAGUGUACGGCAAAGACGCAGGUGA